AUGAAGGGUGUUGAUUAUGCUUUGGAGGGCUUCGACUUUUCCGGAAUGAAAUCCAAUAAGCUAGAAGACUCUAAAAAGCGCAAAAUCAUACGUAGGUGUGUAAUUGAUGCCAAAGCGAAUAAUAUAACACCAGCUUUAUUGAAUCAUUACUAUAAUAGAUUAGAGCAUAUGCGCUCACUUAACUCCAGACUGUUUGGUAACAUCACAGCACCAGUUAUUGCACAAUUAGAUCCUCCAAAACCAUUAAAACGUUGUUCACCAGGAAAAAUGUAUUUUAUUGCAGCAAAUUUCCACUACUUUGAAGAGCUUUUGAGAUUAAAUCUUCAAGGCGGUUGGUCUGAGACAAAUACAGCCACAAUUACAGCACAGCCAACUCCAUCAGUAGCACUAAGUCCGAUUUCGUUCUCACCUCAACCGAAUGUUUCAUCAUUUAGCAAACCACAGCAACCAGCUACAGAUAAUCAGUCAUCCAGCUUAUUCACAUAUCAACAACCACAACAGAAUUUUUCAGAAGUCAAAUCAUCUGAUUUUUUUACCCAAAAUUCGCAAAAUCUGCGGCCCCCGGAAAGCCAAAUCGGCCAAAACUACUCCCAACAAUACUCCCGCUCACAGUAUAUGCAGACUCUCGACUACAACAUUUCCCCAGAUUUUCCGAGUCAAUACCAGAACCAAUACCAGCAACAGCAGCAAUAUAUCCCCCAGCAGCAAUCCGCCCAAUACCCACAAUAUCUCCAGCAGCAAUCCGCCCAAUACCAGCAAUCUUACAAUUUCCACCAACAGCGGCAACAACAGAGUUCCUAUCAAGAUUAUCAGCAGCAACCCGCGUACCAAACACAAAUACACCACCAGGACUGCCCAACUCAACAAAUUAACUAUAAUCAAAACCAAUUUCAGAAUCAGACACAAUACAAUGCAAAAAUGCCGAUGUAUAUGCCCCAACAAACUACUCAGCAGCCUGAUAUUCAACGACAAACUGAUCCUACAGCAGAUUUAUCUUACUUCGAUAAUUACUUUAAUUUCGAUGAGGAUGAUGACUUUUUCUUUUAG